UGCCUCCCUUCCUCCCCGUAUGACUUCGCCCUCUCACUACCCACUACUUCCAUAUUCUCCUCCUACUCCAAACUCUGUCUCCUCUCUGUCACUGUUUUUCUCUCUCCUCUCAUCAUCAUCAUCUGCUUGUCACGUCUUCUGUACUUCUCCUCUUUCCCUUUCUCUCUCUUAAAUAUAUUGUGUCAGAACAUGGGAUCAUGUGUAUCAUCCUUGCACAAAAAUUCUGGGUCGUCUUCAAAAAUUGAUCAAUUUUCUACAGAAAAAUCUUCGAUGCCACCAACACCCAUCAAAGAUACUAUUAAACCCACUAAUGUUGACCCUCCGAUUAUCUCGUUUAAUCACAAGUCUCGGAUUUCUCCUUUCAACUCCAUUUCCAGUUAUCGUAGUUUUGGGGGCAGCAAAGACGAAGCCUUUUUCGACACCCAAGGUUGGCUAGACUCAGAUUGUGAUGAUGAUUUUCACAGCGUGAAUGGAGAUUUCACUCCUUCUCGUAGCAAUACUCCUGUAGCAGGAACUCCUCGACUUAGCAGAGUAUUCUCUCCACAAGUUAGUAGAGCUAUUUUUGAAGGCAAACCACAUAUACGCAGUGCAUCAAACCAAUCAAGAGGAAGUCCUUCAGUUCGCCGGAGCUUUUCAUCUAUCCCUCAAGCAACUGAAUCCUUUUCUGAAGACUUGGAUGGUCUUAAUUCAGCUUCAUCCUCGACAACCACCUCAACAAGUACCUCAACAACAAAGAGCAAGAAACUCCUUGAUCUUUUCAAAGAAAGCAUGAGAGAGCGCGGUGAUGUAGGACUAACUUCUCCAUUUUCAGAUUUGCCACGAACUUCAACAAGUAGAGCCCCAUCUGGGUUACGCUAUGUUUCUAGCAGUGAUAACGCGAUUCCUGCUGAUGAACGUGUGCCUGUAAAAGAGAAGUCUGGAAAAUUUUCACAUCACUGCUUUCCAAGAAUGGCCUAUGUUCGUAGCUUUAGCACAAGUAAGAAGAGAUCUAAUAAUCCUCCUAUGUCUACAGAUGAUUUAAAAGCGUAAAAGAGCUAGCAUGCGUUUUCGGAUCGAGCUGUAAUACUCAUUUUGCCAAGUGAUGGAAGAUUUACAUUACUUGUGCAAUCUCCAAAGAUCAAUUUUAAUUAGUACAAUGUACAUAUAAGGGUCAUAUUCAAUAAUGAAGGUACUAAGUUGAUCACUUCAGGCUAUGUAUACUUCUAUUUUCUAUAUACUCCAUAUAUAAUUAAUACCAUGUAAAAAGUGAGGGUGUAUAAGAACAUGUUCCCUAAGAUAUGUUGGACUACCAAGGAUUUUGCAGUAAA